UCCACAGCAACACACAGUUCUCGCAAGACGCUCAAUCCGAUCACUCCAGUAGUCCCCCAUCAGUCAAUACAGACCAAACUCUUUCAAAAUGUUCAAGUUGGUGGUAUUGUCUGCUCUCCUCGCCGUAGCUGCUGCCCGUCCCGGUCACCUGCUGGAGUCCUCCCCCGUGGUCUAUGCCGCCCCGGCCACCACAACCAUCGUGCAGGAGCCCUACCUGGCCAAGGUUGGCGCCGUGGUAAAGAGCAUUCCCACCUCCGUCUCCCACCAGAGCCAGUCAGUGGUGCACAGCUCUGCCCACGUCGUCCAGGAUGUCGUCGCUCCCGUGGUAAAGACCUAUGCCGCUCCCGUUGUCCACACCAGCUACGCCGCUGCUGCCCCCGUGGUCCACACCAGCUACGCCGCUGCCGCUCCUGUCUACCAGACGACCUACGCCGCUGCCGCCCCCGUGGUGCACACCAGCUACGCAGCGGCUGCUCCCGUUGUGGCCAGCCACUACUCUGCAGUGGCCGCCUCCUCGCCGCUGACCUACACCGCCACUGGUGUGUGGUAGAGCGCCGCCCAUUCUCGGCCAGGUGACCAGGACUCAUGGACUGUUGGACGGUUUUGUGAUACGAAUUUUAAAUAAAUAAAUGUUUUUGCUUUCGAAA